AUGAGCCGGAAGCUCGCCCCCGAAGCCAAUCGGAUUCUCUUUGUCAAGAACCUCAACUACAACGUAACUGCUGAGCAACUAUUCGACCUUUUUGGCAAGUUCGGACCUAUCAGACAAAUACGUCAGGGUAUUGCGAACAACUCGAAGGGCACCGCAUUUGUAGUAUACGAAGACGUUCACGACGCCAAACAGGCAUGCGAUAAGCUCAAUGGAUUCAAUUUCCAGAACAGAUACCUCGUCGUACUAUACCACCAGCCAGAGAAAAUGCUCAAGUCGAAAGAGGACUUGGCGGAAAGGCAAGAAAAUUUGGAACGUCUUAAACAGCAGCACGGUAUAGAAUGA